ACUACUGGACAUUCCUAGUUUAAUUUUUUCCUUAUGUGCAUUUCAACAGUGUUUGACAUGUGGAAUGACAAUACCAAAAGGUGCUUUUUACAGUGUUGACACAUUUUACAUUUAAUAUAUAUUUAUAUAUACAUAUAUAUAUAGACACACAUUAGUAGUGUUAAAAUGAUAAACAACAGAAUUUACAAUAUUGGAGAUAUUCACAUCUUAAUCCACAAAAAUAUCUACACAUUAAAAGGGAAUCUUAUCGCACCUUUCCUCUGCUGCCUAAAGCCCACAUGAAUGGAGGCUGUGUGACGUCAUGUGACUGUGUGUUUUUCAGGGGUGGAGAGCACGGCAACCUCAGCUUCCUCUCUAAAUCUGUCACACUGUAGGGAGGCAGGAUGCAUCAAGAGGGCCUUUAAUGAUGUACUGUGUAUGCAUGUCUCCACCUGCCUUGCAGUGAAUAAAACACAUUUGUGGUGACUGAAGAAUAAAUCUGUAAUGCUUUUUUUUUCUUUUUUUUUUCUCCACAAAGAAGGAUCAUUAUUCCGUGCUGCAGCAUUCAUGCCUGAUGUAUGAAGGACUGGUAGCAGGCAAAAAAGACAUCCUCAUUCUGCUGAAAUCCUCUAUCUGCCACCCUGCAGGUAGGUCCCAGAUAUUUUGUUGGGCAUGUUGUGUAGCAAACUGAGGUUUUGAUUAUUGACACCUUUCUGAUUACCUUCUUAGGGCUGUGCAGGCUACAUAAGUUACAGUUAUGCAUUGUUGUGUAUAUUGAUCUGGACGUUAUCUCUAUGUGGCAUGGCCAACAAACAGUAGAUACAGAUACAGGAAGGCAGGCUAAAUAAAAAAAGCUGAUGGUAGACGGACAGCUGGGCCUAAACAGAGGCCUUAACCACUCAUACGAUGCACUACAACAACCGUUUGAUUGUAAUGUAAUUAUAGGAAGAGUUUGCAAAAAUCACUGGAGCGAAUCAUUUCUUUAUCCAUCACAUGGUAACACUGCAGCAAGGCCUGAGAUGCAGUGCAUAUGUCUGAGUCUGGACCUGCUCGUUUUCUUUUCUUCCUCUUAUUUCCCCACCUCCCUCUGUCUACAUCAACCCCCCCUCCCCCCGUCCUCUCACUCUCUCCCUCUUCCUUCUCUGCACCAGCUGCUGCUGCUCCAGAGCCAGAGUGGAGAGUCCCUUCACCCCCCCCACACACACACACAGGCACAGACAAAAGGCCUGAUUCGCCUGCUGACCACUGCCCCCUUUCUCCAUCCGUCCCCACACGCACAGUCGUGAUGGUGGUGGUGGUGUGGCGGCGGGGGCUCCAGGGCCUGGACUGGGACUGAAAUCUAGGACUGACCCAGUGAACGAGUGUGGGAAGAGAGGGGAGGGGAGGAGGAGGAGGAGAGUGAGUGCUGAAAUGGCUGGGGUUGAGUGAAGGCAGGUACUGAGGCCUCGACAGGAAGACCUUUUCUCUUUGAAAAAAAUCCCUGAGAGUGGAAAAAAAUCUGCCAAGGGUAUGCCACAUUUACCUCUACAGUACGUAUGCAUGAAUGUGCAUGUUAAUGUUUCUAUGUGUCUCUGAGAUGAGAGGGAUGGCAUGUGUUUUAAUGGAAAACAGGAGAGGGAGUGUGACGCAUGAAUGGCCGGUGCUUGCCCCUGUCAGAAUGUCUGCGUUUGUGCUCUUAGAUUUCCUUAUCUUUAUACCACGUGGUUGUAGGGCUGCUCUGGGAUCGCAUGCAAGUUUGUGGGCACACUAUCAAGAGCCAAAGCACUGUGGGAUGUUGUUCAGAAACAGGCCAAGGUGCUAGAUUGACUCUGUUACCUCUUUCUCAGCUUUCAUCAUUUAUCACCGUUGUUUCCCAAACAUCACCCAUGCUUUACAUGAAGUCUGUCCUGUCCUGUCUUUUAUGUGUUUUAAACUUUUCUUUUCUGUCCUUUUCUAUGUAUUUGUGUGUUGCUACAACAAGAUGUCUUCCCUAGACUCUCUAGUUUUGCUGAGACAGAAUCUACAGGAUGGAAUUGAAGUCACUUGGUGAGCGUGGUGCAGUGGUUUAUGGGAGUUUGUCACAGUGGUUCUGCGUGUGUGUGAUUCUGAGGCCGUAUUGCAGCUCAGGGCUUUUAUGCUGGGUGACCGGAACCGGCUGAAACCGGUUUGAAGCAGACAGCAGGCUGACAGGAACAAUGCUGUCUCUGUGCUCCACUGUGGGAUAGCAAUAGCCCAGGGCUCUCCAUGGCGGCCCUUCACUGCUCACUAUGGCAGGAAUCGAAUCAGAUGUUGCUGCUGCGGCGGCACCGGCAGCGGCUCACCGCCGGCUGGAUGUGGAUGUGCUACACUGCACGUCUCAGAGCAAGAUUUCAGGAAGAGAUGAGGGCAGGGGGACGGGGCCGGAUGGGAAUCUGUGAAUCUGCAGCAGAGAGCCUGCCUCCAUACACACACACACACACACACACACACACAGAGACAGGAGCAUGAUUUAUCUUUCUGUUGUAUAUGUCUGUGGUGUAGAGAUUGACUGAGGAGGAUCAUAAGCAGGAGCACCAGGACUCAGCAGAUGUAUGGAUGUAACCUGACCCUGAAUCCUAGGCCUUGUCCUGGUUAAGAAGAAACAGGACCGUCUUUCCCAGGAAGGGUGGGGUGGAUGGCUUUUGUAAGUUAGUCGUGCUGUGAAUGUGUUUGUUGCAGGAUGGAAGGAAGAAAGAAAAGACGGUUUGGCUAGAGGCUGGAGAGGGACGAAGUCACGAGGAAUAGGAGGAGGACCAUGGGAGAUAUGAAGACGCCAGACUUUGAUGACUUGCUGGCGGCUUUCGAUAUCCCCGACAUGGUGGAUCCUAAAGCUGCAAUUGAAUCUGGGCACCACGAAGACCAUGAGGGGUCGCUCAAGCAAUCCAGUGGAGUCACUAUGAAUGGAGACGAGACUCAUAACCCUCCACUGGCAAAUGACAUUGGUGUCAGUGUCAUUGUCAAAAACAUCAGAAACAGUGACUUAGUGCCUGGUGGAAAUAAGUCGGACAGGGAGGGAUCUUUAAACUCCCACCUUCACCCCAACACUGUUGGAACCAGUAAUGGACACAAUAACUUUUUGCAAGAUGCACAACCUGGUACUAAUUACAACAAGAAAAAAUGGAAACCCUCCAGUGAGGGAGGAGAGUCGGGGACCAACCAAAUGGCCACAUUCAACCAGUUCAGCCCAAUUUCCAGUGCUGAAGAGUUUGAAGAUGAUGAUAAGAUUGAGGUUGACGACUCCAUGGAUAACUCGGUUUGUCAGACAGAGACAAGGUCCACUACAAUGGGAGAGAACCAAAAUCUUAAAAGCCCUACUUCAGUGGACAAAAUAUCUAAGACAAGCACGAAUGAGGACCAAAAACUUGAUCGAAACAACAAUAGUAGUGGAGGCAAACUGCAAGAAUCUACAUCUAACUAUAUGUGUCAGUCAGGUCCACCCAGAGAAGAACUCCAAGACAGUGUCACGAAACCACAAAGUGAUGAGAGCAAACACACACCCAGUGUUUCCCAGAUAAAAACCAAGUCAUCUGUGAAACUCUCCUCUUGUAUAGCAGCGAUAGCAGCCCUCAGUGCCAAGAAGGUCACAGACAUAGAUGUUUCGGAUCCCCCAACAACACAAAAAAGAUCUGUAAAGGCUACUGAAAAUGGUAAAGCUCCAGAGACACAACAGGAAUGUGAGUCAGCGCUAGAGUUCGCAAAGAGACUGCUGACAAAACAGCAAGGCAGUCCCUCUAGUGUUACAAGUGAGGGAAGCAGCACAGAGUCCCCCACAUCAAGCGUAGACACAACCCCAGUCAUCCCAAAGGUCCGGAUCAAAACCAUCAAGACCUCGUCUGGACAAAUCAAGAGAACAGUCACCAGAGUAAUUCCAGAGUUUAAUACAGAGACUCUAAAAAAGGGCAAUAAAAGCCCAUCUGGUGGGUCAACAGCUACUUCCAUUUUCUCAUCCCCUACUAGGGCCUCUCUGCCAACCACAGUAGUCACCACAGCUGGAGGCCCUUCAAUUGAAAUAACCAAGCAAAUGACAAUUAAACCUGUUGCUACGGCUUUCUUGCCUGUCUCAGCUGUCAAGACAGCAGGCUCCCAAGUCAUUAACCUCAAGCUGGCAAACAACACUACAGUCAAAGCAACAGUCAUCCCUGCUGCAACAGUGCAAAGUGCUAGCAGUGCCAUUUUGAAAGGAACCAAUGUCAUUCAGCCACAGACUGUCAUGGUGCCGGCCUCUAGCUUAGCUAGUGCUAAACUCAUGCCAAAGACAGUCCACCUUAGUAACCUCAACCUUUUGCCCUCUGCCAUGGCCUCUGCUGUGUCUGAACUCCAGCAAACUCUUUCUUCCUCCAAGCAGAGCAAUCAACAGUCACAAAAUGUCAAAUCACAGACCUCGAAGAAAGUCCCCAGGGUUCAAGUGUUCACUAGUUCUCAAAGCUCAGUUGUGGAUGCCUUUAAUAAAGUCCUGAGCAGCAUUAACCCAGUCCCUGUGUAUAUUCCCAACCUCUCUCCACCAACUUCAGCCUGCAUCACUCUACCCUCACAUGGCUACAAGUGCCUGGAAUGUGGGGAUUCAUUUGCCCUGGAGAAAAGUCUGACACAGCACUAUGAACGACGCAGUGUUCGAAUUGAGGUCACCUGCAACCACUGUGCCAAGAGUUUAGCGUUUUACAACAAAUGUAGCCUCCUGUCUCACGCCAGAGGUCACAAGGACAAAGGAGUCGUCAUGCAGUGCUCUCAUCUGAUUCUGAAGCCCAUCCCAACAGAACAGAUGAUAACCGCACUGUCAUCGAGCCCACCAAAUGUUUCUCCAGCUCAAGCACCUGCAAGUCCAAUGCAUGGGAAAACUGUCAGUGAUUCCCAACCGCCCGCAGUCCCAGUUUCAUGUAGUGCUCCUAUCACAGUGGCAUUUCCACCAGAGGAUGAUGCAUCAAAGCUCUGCAGGUUGAGCCUGAAGUGUUUGGAGUGUAACGAACUCUUCCAAGACGACAGCGCACUAGUAAUACACUAUCAACAGGCACAGGAAACCAGUGGACAGAAAACAUGUAGCAUUUGCCAAAUGCUUCUGCCAAAUCAGUGCAGCUUCCUGUCACACCAGCGGCUCCAUCAGCACAAACCUCCAUACAUCUGUCCCGAAUGUGGUGCCAGCUGCAGAUCUGUCCACUUUCAGUCACACGUCACCAAGAACUGUCUACAUUAUACUCGGAGAGUGGGCUACCGCUGUGUGCACUGCAAUGUGAUCUUCGCUGAUGUAACAACUCUCAAGUCACAUAUUCAGAAUUCUCACUGUGAGAUCUUCUACAAAUGUCCUCUCUGCCCUAUGGCCUUCAAGUCUGCGCCUGGCACUCACUCUCACGCAUACACACAGCAUCCAGGAGUGAAGGCAGGAGAGCCAAAACUUAUAUACAAGUGCUCCAUGUGUGACACCGUAUUCACUCUGCAGUCUCUGCUCUACACACACUUUGACCAGCAUGUUGUCAGUCAAAAGGUUUCCGUGUUCAAGUGCCCCGACUGCUCCAUGCACUAUUCACAGAAGCAGUUGAUGAUGGACCACAUCAAAAUCAUUCAUGGGACUCUGAAGAACGUGGAGGCUCCAACUAACCUGGGCAUCAACCUUCCUCUCAGCACAAAGCCCACUAACGCCAACACCAAUAGCAACAGCCUUGGCAAUAACAAUAGUGUAAAUAACAACAAUGAUGGUGGAACUAUUAACAGUAACGACAGAGGAGAAAAGAAAUCUUCAACUUCACCGCAGAAGAAAACAAACAGCAAUGACUCAGCGGUUCAAAAGAAGUCUGCCAGCAUGGGAUACACAUGUGGAGACUGUCAAACCCUCUUCAGCUCCCGGGAGGUCUACGUGAGUCACAUGAGACGUGAACAUGGCAAGAUUUUGAAGAAGCAUCCAUGCCGACAGUGUGAAAAGUCCUUCAGCUCCUCGCACAGUCUUUGUAGACACAAUCGUCUCAAACAUAAAGGGUUGCGGAAGGUACACGCCUGUCCUCACUGUCCAGCUUCGAGUGAGACAUUCACUAGAAGAGUGCUGCUGGAACAGCACAUCCAGCUUGUACAUGGUAACAAAGAACCAGAAGGGAAAAUUGUCAGCUAUGAUGAUACGGAGGCUUUAACAAAUAAGGAAACGACGCCCAGCUCCAAAAGAAAAUCAGAAGAUGACGAAGGCUCUAAGGGUCUUAUCUCGAGGGGCUCGGACUCACAGCCUUUAAAACGUCUAAAGGUGAACAUCCUCAAAGUUCACAAAUGUGCCGUCUGCAGUUUCACCACAGAGGACAUUGCUGCUUUCCAUAAACACAUUCCCCAACACAAGACCAACGGCUCGUCAUACCAGUGUCAGGAGUGCGGUCUGUGCUACACGUCGCACCCCUCACUGGCACGACAUCUCUUCAUCGUUCAUCGACUGAGGGAGCCUAAGGGCCUGGGCCGAUUCAAGGGACAGGUCAAGGGUGAUGAUGAGAGUCAAAGAGAAAACCACAUGGAUAUUAUUGACGAGAACAGUGACGGGAAGCUCAACACAAAAUGUAAAGUGUGUGGGAAGACGUUUGAGACGGAGGGAAACCUGAACACUCACAUGAGGACGCACGGAAUGGCAUUCAUUAAAGCCAAGCAACUGAGUGCAGCCGAGAAGUGAUUUUACUUCUGAAAGGAAAGUUGAAGUCAUGAACUGUUUUGCUGCUAUAUUUGCUGGCUGCAUUUGUAUAUACUGUAUGUACAUAACUUACAUAAAGCACAUUACAGCACGUGUCAAAUAUGCUCAGUAAAAUGUAAACUGUAUGUAAAUGUCAGUGUCUUUAAGUAAAUGAAACAAAUAGCCUUUUUGUACAAAUAAAUGUUUGUAUAGAUUUUUUUUAAAUAGAAGAGUAUUUUAUUUUAUUUUUUCUCUAAGAAUAGAUAAUGUAUGGAUGUAUUUGUGUUAUAUGAGAACAGUCCUCAUAAACGAAGCAGUGUUUUAUAUUGAUGCUGCUAAUGUCCACUGAAUGUCUUAGAAAAGCAUAUCUGUAUUUCGAAAGAUUAGGGUUUUCGUCAACCCUUUCACACAUUUCCCAACAAAUCAUGUUGCUGUUACACAUCAGCGACUACAGUCAGUGAGGAUAAGAUACAAAACCAUUCGACAAAUGUUUUACCCUUCAAAUGAUAGCAGUGGUGCAGUGUUCAAAGUAACUGGAAACUCACAACAGAUGCAGCGUAGACUCGGUGUCAGUACAAGUAGUUCCUGCACUUAUGUCAGAUAUGGUACAGUACUUUUCGUACAGUUUGUUCGCAAUGACUGCUUUUAAGCUAGCUAAGCUACACUGGCUUUGUAGUCGAGAGGUUGUACCUGCCACAGUGUGACAAGGUGGUCAUUUUUGGGGAAAAUGUACUUUUCCUCACUGACUGCACUCCAAGACCUCCACAUUUGGCUUUUUGGUUCAUUUUUGGAAACCAUACCACUUUCCUUUUUUUUAUUAUUGUUUUUGGUAAAACAAUUCUAUUUAUGAGCCCCUUUUGGCCUCUACAACAAAAUCCUGGUACAAAUCUUGUCCUCAGGCUCAGCCCUGACAUUUAUAAAUGGAGUAAUUCAUACAAUCCUUCUGUCAGUCCUAAUCAUAUCACAAUACCUUUAAACCAUACAUCUGGAAGAUAGUGAUGAACUAAAUGUUUUUAUGUCUUGAAAAUGCCAAAAUAUGGACCAAAUUCCUAUUUGUCUAAAAACUGUUUUUCUUUGCACGAGGAUGUUUUUUCUGCCUGUGUCAGUGUGUAAUAAGCCACAACGGUUUGAAAUAUGAACUUAAGUAAAGAGGUUUAAAAUAUCUUUUAGACUUUUAGGAAACAGCACUUGUUUUAAACAGAAAUUACUUUGCAGUAUAAGCACAUGUAUUAAACCAUCAAACAAUUCAAAUGCAAGGAGAACAGAGCCGUUUUUUAUAGUACUGUAACUUAAAAAAAACAUCUUUGUUAAAGUCCUUUAUACAUUUUAUUUUCUAUUGUUUUAAAGUAUCGGUGAGCUAUGCUUUGCAGGUUUCAUGAAUGUUUUGAAGAAUGAUUUUACCUUUCAAUAAGAAGACAUUCUCACUGUAAUUCACUGUAAAGCUGCAUGUGAGAACUCGUCUGUGAAUCAUGUGCUAAUGGGUAAGUUACUUGUACUGCUGCUCUAGACAUGGCUGAUGAAUGUGUACGGUAUACAGUUGCUCUUUAUGUCAAUAAAAGAUGAACGGGGACAAAUUGAUGUCCUCUGCAAAUAAGACAUCAGCUCCUCCUCCUCCACAAAGUUUGUCAUCAGCUCAUUAAGUCACCACCAUUUCAUUCAGUGCAUUUUGACACCUUGUCAGCCUUUUAAUGUACUUCACUGCAAUUGGUGUUCGUCAUCAUCAUACACGCAAAUAACGCACAUCACACUUAGGUUUCUUACUUUAAAAAAUAAACUAUGUAAUAUGCAAAUGAGGCCAACAGAAAUAGAACUACAAGACUCAGCACUGGUUAUUCUCAUAAAUCACAUUUGUUUCAUGAAGCCCACAAAGAACCGUCCUAGUGAAUAAUAAUGUGACAAACUCAAGUAAUGUAUCUAUUUAUCUGGUGAAUUUUUUC